AUGCCCUCUACUAGUUUCUUGGGUCUUCGUGGCAAGGGCGACCAGUGUACUGUCGACUACACUUUCCUAGAAGAGGUACUCCAAGACUCGGGUGAAGCAGACACAGUUUGCGACAAAGACAUUUUGUUUGAGAAAUAUGUGGCAGGACAAGAGGCACUGGAGAAGAAGUUCGGACCAAUGCCUAUCGAUAUCCUUAUGGAGAUGGCCCCCUCGCGACGUGGUCAUGGAAGAGUUCUUCCCACGGAAUUUAAACCGCCUCCCUCGGAAACACCACAGAGUUUAUUUCCCGUUGGAAUUAGUCGUCAGGCAAUCCCCCAUGCCACUCCUUUCAUUCAUCGUGAUGAUCCCGAAAAUAUUCUCAUUUACAUAUCUGAAGCCAGUCUCACCAAUGGGCAAGAGGACCCGCAAGGUGGAUGGACGUAUGUCUUCAGACUAUUAGCACCAAACAUUCACUCAAGUGUCUCUGGCCGCCUCGAACACAAAGGACCAAUGGAGGAUAUCCACUGGCAAACCAACGACAGAGCCGAUCUCCGAGCCGUUAUCGGCGCCCUUCGUUUUCGUCAUUGGAGGGGUGAAAGGUUCACGAGACUCGUUUUGGGUACCAACUCGGAGCAUGUGGUGAAGGGUGGGACAGAAAGGGCCCGAAGUUGA